CUAUUUUGAAAAACCUGAAAAUUAAAAUUAUAUAAAUAAAUAAUAAAUUAAAAAAAAAAACGAUAUCACUCAAGAUAAGCAAAAACGAGGUGAAUUAAUCAUACCCUAAUUUAUACUCGUAUGAUAUUACAGUAUAUGGAUCUGGUGAGUGACAUUAAUCAUGUUUAUGUUUUCAUUAUUUUUCUUUCGGAGCCUUUCACUAAUAAUUAAUAAUAUAUACGCUGCACCUCCCCUCUCUCCUCCAUUGAAGCGUACUCUGAGUUCUCCUUUGAAGCUGCUUGUCGUCAGGACAUAAUGGGGAAAAAGGUUAAAAAGAAGGCGGCUCGUAAUGCCCAUAAGGAGAAAGAGAAGGAGAAGGAGAAGGAUAAGCGUGUUUCUACGUCUUCCCCAAAGGCUAUAACUCAUGAAGAUGAUCAGAAUUCCGUGGCUGCUACUGAUGGAUCUGUGCAGAAUCAGGAGAGGACAGUUUGCGUCCAUCUUGACAAGGCUGUUGACUUGGAGAGUGUUUCUUCGAAAAUUGAGGCUGCCGAGUCCACUGGAUGCCAAGAUUGCCGGGAGGGAGUGAACGACCGAAAGGCUGGUAAAGGAAGGGGAAAACACAGUAAAAAGAAAGGUGCUUCUGAUUCAAGAGCUAAUAAAGCCACUUGGAUUUGCUUACAAUGUGGGCAUUUUUCCUGUGGAGGUGUUGGCUUACCAAAUAGCCCACAAAGUCAUGCGCUUAGGCAUGCAAAACAAAGUCGGCAUCCAUUGGUAAUCCAAGUAGAGAAUCCUCAUUUAAGGUGGUGUUUUCCUUGUAGCACACUUCUUCCUGUAGAUAAAGUGGAGGCCACUGGUGAACAUAAAGAUUUUUACCUAGAUAUUGUCAAACUAUUGAAAAAGCAGUCAUCAAAAGUGCCUUCAGUGGAUGUGGAAGAUAUUUGGUUUGGAAGUGGUACUGUUAUCAGUGAAGUGAAAGGGGAAAGCAAAGCAAUCAAUGUUGUGAAUGGAAAAGAUUUUAAUGCAGUUAGAGGGUUGGUUAAUCUUGGGAAUACAUGUUUUUUCAAUUCUGUCAUGCAGAACCUGCUAGCUAUGGAUAUAUUGCGGGAUAAUUUGCUAAAGUUUGAAGGGUCCACAGGUCCAUUAAUGAGUGCUUUGAAGAAAUUUUUUGUUGAAUCUAGCCCUGAGUCAGGUGUGAAAAAUGUAAUAAAUCCCAAAUCAUUGUUUGGUUGUGUUUGUGCAAAAGCUCCUCAGUUUAAAGGAUUUCAGCAGCAGGACAGUCAUGAAUUGUUGCGUUGUUUGCUUGAUGGGCUGUCUUCUGAAGAUUUGCAUGCAAAAAAAUUAGCUGGUUCUUCACCUGGAAAUGGGAGAUCUGUACCUGUGAAUUCUACAUUUGUUGAUGCCAUAUUUGGGGGACAAACUUCAAGCACUGUCUGUUGUGUUGAAUGUGGGCACUCAUCUGUGGUGUAUGAGCCAUUCCUGGACCUGUCACUUUCUGUGCCGAUGAAGAAACCUUUGUCUAAGAAAGCUCAACCAGUUCAUCGAGCAAAGAAAACAAAGUUGCCUCCUAAAAGAGGUGGAAGGAAUCGCCCAAAACUGAAUAAAAAUGAAGAUCUAGAGUCUGCUCCUGGUGAUUGUAAUACUGCAACAAGCAUGGAUUCUUCUGGUUUGAAGGAUAAUAUGGGGCCUGCUCCUAGUGGCUGUAAUACUUCAAUCAGUACCGAGUCCUCUUCUGGCUUCUAUGGUGGGUCUCCUAGCUAUGCUCUAUCAGUGGACUUUGUUGAACCCUGUAACUUGGUUCCUAGAAGUACUUUGAUGAGUCAAGAUAGUAACUCCAUCAAAUCCGACAACGAUAGUGCUCAAUUGCCACAUAGUGUUGCUCAGGAUGCUGAUGGCAUGCCGUGGUUGGACUAUCAUAAACCCUUUCCCCAAAGUGAUGAUGCUCAAGAAGCUGAUAGUUUUUGUUGGAUGGAUUAUGUCGAGCCAGUGUCCUUGUCAGAUGAUCCAAAUUCUGUUGAGAAGGAGGGAUUUUCUGUUACUCAAGAUCUUGGAAGCCAUGAUGGGGACCAUGAUACUCUUUCUAUUCACGAUACAGCCAAUUCAAGUUUUGAAGCUAGUUUGUCUCAAGUUUCUGCAAUGGAGGGAGACAAUCAUGGUGUUGUCUCGGUGCUAUUUACAGCCAAGUCUGUUGGUGACUUUAGUGUGCACCCUGAGAAUGUGCAUCUUAAGUUGGAGUCUACAGUUAAUGAUUGGGUUGAAGAGCAACCGGUGCAGGUACAGGACAAUGAGAUUUUGUUGCUGACCUACAAGGAAGAUGGUCUCAUGGAUGGGGAAGAAGAGAUGAAGGUAGAUGCUGAAGUUUCUUCUUCAGCUGUAGUUGAUGGAGAAGAUAGUCUUGGAUUUGAUGGCCUAGGUGAUUUGUUUAAUGAGCCUGAAGAUCUUGUGGCGGGAAUGAAUAGUGUCCCGGUUAGUGAUGGUUUGGCCAAUGGAUUUCUAGCAGGGAACAGCACUGAGUCUGAUCCUGAUGAAGUUGAUGAUACAGAUUCACCAGUAUCCGUGGAGACUUGUUUGGCGCAUUUCAUAAAGCCUGAACUUUUGUCUGGUGAACAUGCUUGGCAUUGUGAAAACUGUACGAAAUUACUGAAAGAAGGACGCCAAAGAAUGAUGGAGAAUCAGCAGAAAACAGCAUCAGUCCAAAGAAGCAAGUCCAGUGAUGUAUGUUUGAGUUCUGAAACUAUGCUAGCAAUGAAUCAUCAUGUUUCUGACUCCUCAGCUGUCUCUCUGGCUGCUCAUGACAAUGGAAGCAUUAAGAUAGAUGAGAACUUGAAGAAGCUUGAUGAUGGGAAAAUCAAUGGGCCUUGUCCAAAUUUAUCACAAAAAGAAGAAAGUAGACGUGAACCAGAAACCACACAUCUCAAUGCCUCUGAUCCGUGUGUUUGCUCUAUGCCGUCUGAUAAAACUUAUUUAGAUGGUAAAUCUGGUGAUGUCCAUGGACCUAUUGAGAGGCCGUCUGGACCAAGUGAGGAGCAUGAAUCAGGAGAGGUUGAGGAGGAGGAAGUUGAUGUGAAAUGUGUUAAGGUGAUGAGAGAUGCAACUAAACGAAUACUUAUCAGCAAGACUCCUCCUAUUUUGACUAUUCAUCUGAAAAGAUUUGGGCAAGAUGCGCGUGGCCGUCUGAGUAAAUUGAAUGGCCAUGUUGGCUUUAAGGAAUAUAUUAAUCUUGGUCCUUAUAUGGAUUGCAGGUCCACAGAGAGGGACAAUUGCUUUUAUCGCUUGAUUGGGGUGGUGGAACAUUCUGGAUCAAUGAGAGGAGGCCAUUAUGUGGCCUAUGUCAGAGGAGGUGACAGGCGAAGAGGAAGGUCAGAAGAAGAAAAUAGACGAGGACUUUCUGUAUGGUAUCAUGCCAGUGAUUCGUAUAUUCGUGAAACAACCUUGAAGGAGGUCCUCAGUUGUGAGGCUUACAUUCUGUUUUAUGAGAAAGCUAAGCCUUGAUGAAGGUACCCUUUUUUUUUUGGUUAAAUGUCACUGCUCCAUUUUGUUUCUCAGCGGGGUAGUGAUCCCUGUGCUCAGAGAGGGAAGAAAGGAAAAGGAUAAGAAAGUGAACGAGAUUGAUGCUACUCCUAAAAAUCCCCCAUACCCAAAAUACUCAUUUUUUUCCAAAUAUAUUUUGGUGGAUUUAUUUAUUUUUAAUCAUUAUUUUAACACUUUUUUUUUUUUUUUUUUUUUUUUUUUUGGGGGGGGGGGUAGUUGAGGGACUGUGGAGUGAUGUGGGUUUAUCCAGCCACUUUGAAGUCACACGAUCAUACAAUUACUGAAAAAAUAGUCGGUUUAUUUUGCGAUAUCCAAAAUCUACAGAUACAAAUUGUGAUUAGAUUUUCUUUUUAUUUUUAUAUUAGUCACUACUUUUUUGUGGAUGUUUUCAUGCAUAGAUAAUAUGGAUGUUGGUGUUGUGGAUUCAACCCCGUGCAGUGGUGGUCAACUGUUGUGCAUACUGCAUAGUGCCACACAGCAAUAUAAUUUUUACUGCUCAGCCUUGAAAUGAAUGUAUAAUUCAAGAUUAAAUUUGGGGAUGUAAAGGUAUUUAGCAAGCUUUAGAAAUUUAGUUUGGAUUUUAAUUGAUUGUAGGACCUAAAAUGAAUAGGUUGUGUGAAUGUAGAUUAGUUUUUUUUUUUUUUUUUUUUUU